CUCGCGUUCCUCUUCGACGCCCCGAUAUGGCGAUAAACAUAUUGACUACAAACUUAUUAAAUUGACCCGUGACCCCGGUGAUAUUACACCCGUUUCUCGAAGAUAAACUUCCUCCAUUCAGUAGUCGGCUGUGUUGGGCCUUGCGUUCCAGGCGGAUCGAAGAGGAUGCGGCUGCUUGUGAGGGAAGUGUUAUGUUUGCUGGUAUCGUGGGUGAUCGGUGCGGUCGUGGCUUUGCCCGAGGGACUCCUUUACGAGUACAACGUGCCCGAAGCGGUGACCCUGCCCCGGGGGGAUGACGUCUCCAGCAGGGCGGUCAAGCUCAAGGAGCCCAUCGUGUUUUUUGGCAAUACUUAUGAUACUAUUUAUGUGAACACCAAUGGUAUUUUGUCCUUCCAAACGGACAUACCCCAAUUCAUAAACAUCGAAUUCCCUUUGGAUUACCCGAUCAUAGCUCCGUUCUAUUCGAACGUGGACACCAGAACCGCCGGGCAGGUGUCCUACUAUGAAACCGAACAUCCCGGAUUAAUCCAAAGAGCCACCGAAAAUAUCCACGAAUCCUUCCUGAACUUCGCCGACUUUCAAGCAACGUCGCUAUUCAUCGUAACUUGGCAAGGUGUAGGAUAUUAUAACAAUGGGGUGGAUAAACUAAACACGUACCAAGUAGUAAUUUCGACGGACGGUGAACAAUCUUACGUGGAGUUCUUGUAUCCGGAAAACGGAAUACAAUGGAUCCAGGGAACCGGCGAUGAAUCUGGUUUGCCAGACGCUCGAGCACAAGCCGGUAUAAUUUCCCCCGAAGGUAAAGUGUUCUCACUGCCGGGAUCCGGUUCGGAACAAAUCAAAAACAUAAACAGGUGGAGCAACAUUGGUUUAGAAGGACAGUUUAUCUAUAGAAUAGAUCAAUUGGAAAUAGUGGAACCUGAUGCUGGGUUCAGUAACAAACCAGAUGUUCCCAGUGAUUCUUGCGCUGGAGCCAAAACCACCUGCCACAUUCACGCCAAGUGUAUCGAUUACGAUGAGGGUUUUUGCUGCGAAUGCCAUCCUAAAUAUUACGGAAACGGCAACCAUUGUGUAAAAAAAGAUGUACCACUGAGAGUGAACGGAAAAAUAAACGGAAAAAUCAACGGUGAAAAACUGGACAAUCUCGAUUUGCAAUCAUACGUAGUAAUGUCCGAUGGUAGAGCAUACACUGCGGUCUCCAAGAUACCGGAAUCCAUAGGAUUCGACAUACAAUCCAUGCAGAUCUUAGGCGGAGUGAUCGGUUACUUAUUCGCGAAGCCCCUGAGAGGCGCUGUGAACGGUUAUCAGGUAACCGGCGGCGUUUUCAACAAUUCCAUCGUGUUAAACUUCCACGAAAGUAACCAAGUGGUAAGGAUAACGCAGAAGUACUUGGGUUUGGACGUGUUCGAUCAACUGAGAUUCGAGGCGGAUAUCCAGGGUGAUAUUCCUUUGCUACCGGCUGAAUCUAGGGUAAACAUCGACGAGUACCACGAGGAUUAUACACGAACGGGUCCUGGAAUAAUCCAAAUGACCUCCCAGAGGAUCCUUCGCGUUCUAAACCCCAACGGGGAGGAAAAAACUAUCACCUACUCCGUCGAUCAAUCAUUCGUAUUCGACUAUUGCAAAUCCAGUAACAUAUCAGUAGGGGAAACGUGGAAACUCAAAGUCGGUAAAAACUUUAUCAGUUACGAAAGCAGAGAGCAGAUCAUCAGGUUUGGCUUGAGCAACAAGAUUACUCCAUUUGGCGAUUAUGAUCCCUGCGAAAUCGGCCGGUCGAAAUGCGCGCCGAACAGCGCCUGCGUCGUCGACAACGAUUCCUACAGGUGCAUAUGCAAUCCCGGUUACCAAAACCAAUACGACGGCAACAGCACCGUUUGCGCUGACAUCGACGAGUGCCAGAACGGCCAGCACGAAUGCGACUACAACGCGCGGUGCACCAACCUCGUCGGAAGCUACAGUUGCACGUGCAAUCCGGGUUACGAGGGCAACGGCCACAUCUGCGACAACGCCAGGUCCUGCCAGAACAUCACCUGCAACGAGAACUCCGAAUGCGUCGAGAGCAACGGCAUCGCCAGCUGCAAGUGCCAGGCGGGAUUCAAAGGAGAUGGUCAGUAUUGUACGCCAAUGCUAGACCAUAGUUGCCACAUAGCGAACAACUGCUCCCCGUACGGAUAUUGCUCCAUAAGUCCGGAAAUGGGUGUAUACAAUUGCACUUGCCUUCCGGGAUAUGCAGGCGAUGGUUACAGGUGUCAACAGGUUCCCACUACUACAAGCGUUAUACCCACCACUACUUCUAACGAGUUUGAAGAGACGGAGUCACCACGUCAGGAAAUUUUGCAAAUUUGCACAAACGACGGAUGUUACUGCCCACCGGGAUACGUAAUGGAAGGCGACAGCCCGUAUUGUCUGUUCGACAGUACAGCUUCAGGUAACGAGACUGCUUUACCGACAACAGAGAGAUAUGUUCAAGAAGGUUGCGAAGUGUUGAAUAAUUGCCACCCGAACGCCUCGUGCCUCUACAACGAGUACCUGCACGAGUACGAAUGCGUGUGCAACGACGGAUUGGAAGGAAACGGGUACAACUGCGAGGUAGAAAUAAUAUCUUGCACCAAAGUAGACAACUGCCACCAGCAAGCGACUUGUUCGUACGACGUAAAUCUGGGCAAAUCGACGUGCAUUUGCAACCCCGGGUUUACAGGCGACGGCUACAGUUGCACCAUUAUUGCUAGCUGCACUUCAAACCAAGACUGCACGCCGACUGAGGAGUGUUUGAUAACCCCGUCGCAGAAAUACGAGUGCAUCUGUAAAGAUGGAUACGUCCGUGAUUCCCAAAACCAAUGCGUUAUUAUUUCGGGCUCGUGCGGUGGAGGAAAAUGCGUGGAGAACGCCGAUUGCCUCUACGACGACGAGUACCAAACGUACUACUGCCAGUGUAAGCAGGGCUUCGUGGGCGACGGUAUCACGGAAUGUAGAGAGAAAGUGGUGGGUUGCGAUACUUUGAACAAUUGCGGGGUACACGCCGUUUGUAAAUACAUUGAAGAAGAGCUGGGUUAUAAAUGCGUAUGCAGGGAAGGUUUCUUCGGUGACGGUUUCUUGUGCUACGCGGAAAGAAACUGCCACACUGAUCCGACGAUGUGCUCCAAUCAAGCCAGAUGUGUUACAGACGCCAGCAGAAAUUUCCGCUGUCAAUGCAACCCAGGAUUCAUCGGCAAUGGAUCUACGUGCAAAGAAAUAUCCCGUCACGAGGGUAAUUAUCUUCUCCUCAACCAAGGUAUGGCCACUUUGAGAGUGCCUCUGAACCCGAAGCAAACGCGGCCCAGGAAACCCAUUCAAGCAAAGGCUUUCCAAACAGCUGUGGGUCUAGAUGUCGAUUGCUUAGAAGGAAGAGUGUACUGGAGCGACAUUAGCGGAAGAGCCAUCAGAAGCUCACUUCUAAACGGUACUGACAAGAACAAUUUCGUCACCCAAAACAUCGGCUCACCGGAAGGCCUAUCGAUCGACUGGAUCUCGCGCAACGUUUACUGGACAGACUCCACUCUGGACACCAUCGAAGUGGCCAACAUAGAAUCCAAACUUCGAAGGACGCUCUUCAGCACCGACUUGGUGAAUCCCCGAGGGAUAGCCGUGCAUCCGCAGCGGGGCAAAAUCUUCUGGACCGACUGGAAUCGCAAGAACCCGAAGAUAGAGUGGGCGAACGCCGAUGGUACCGACAGGCAGAUAUUCUUGAAGUCGCCGGACGUUUCUCUGCCGAAUUCACUCACGAUCGAUUUCGAAACGGAGCAUUUGUGUUUCGCCGACGCCGGUACCAAGAAGGUCGAGUGCGUCCACAUCGAUAACAGGCGCAAGCAAACCGUUGCUGCUAAUUUGACUUAUCCCUUUGGACUUGCUGUGACUGAUAGGGAAUUUUAUUGGUCGGAUUGGAUUACGAAAAAAAUAGAGCGAGUGGAGAAGUACACGUUGAAGAAGCUGCCGCCGCUGCCCGUGCCACUGGGCGGCACGGGAAAUAGGCUGUUCGAGCUGGUGGCGGUGCCGAAUAAGUGCCCGCCUUUGGCGAACGUGUGCGAGUACUUCAAGAACCAAUGCCCGACGGACCACAUAUGCCUGCCCAACGGUUUGGGCGGCAAACAGUGCUUGUGCGGAUACCCCGCAGAAAAUGCGGAGCGCAAGACCAGUUGCGCUCUUUGAAUAAUCGGUUCGUAGAGCGGAUAAAAAGUAGUAGAUAAUAAACUGUACAUUUAUAAAAUUGGAGGUAGAAAUCUGUUUCGUAUGGUAAUUUUUUAAACUUAAAACUAGCUUAAGUAUAAUUGUGUUUCGAACUACAAAAAUAUCAACUCUUUUCUUUA